CGAGGUUAUUUAGCUAUAAAGAAACUUAUUUAUUCGGUAGGACUGAAGUAUUUAAUAAUCUUAAUGCCACUAUGUCUUCAACUAUGAUCUCAAGCUAUUCUGAUUUUAGCGAGAACUUACAUAAAGACUUUUGGGAGUCAGCGAUUAUUCGUACUACAAUGGACUACUCAGUAUUAAAAAGUGGAUUUGACAAGAUUGACAUGAGUGUGUCCCAAAAAGUGAUCGCUGCUAAUUUGACCAGUCGACCUGCCCUUACACGCCGCCACUCUUCAUCUAUGUUUUGUUCAGCGUCCACAAAUAACGCACCGCUGACAGGAUACAACGAGAAUGCUCUGCUUGCUUCGCACGCUUCACUAGAGACGGUGAAUGAAGAAAAAUUCCGUAGCAGAGCUUUUAGCGAAGGCUCGUCUGUACUAAGCCAAGAAUCAAUGCAAGACCAACAACAGUCCGCCACGAGCCGUUAUAAAACCGAAUUGUGUCGGCCGUUCGAGGAAAACGGAAAAUGCAAAUACGGCGACAAAUGCCAGUUUGCUCACGGCAAACACGAGUUACGUAGAAUGGUUCGACACCCGAAAUACAAAACGGAACUUUGUCGUACGUAUCACACCAGUGGUUUUUGUCCAUACGGACCACGGUGCCAUUUUAUCCACAACCAAGAGGACGUUGGCAUUGCUAAAAAACAAACUCAACCUACAAGAAUACAAUCGCAAACGUCAGUCCCGGUAAAGAUUAAUAAUCGCCAAUUAUCUCAGCAUCAAAGACCACGUGAUCUUCAACUCUUUACACAAAGCGCAUCGUUCGGCCACAUGCCACCUUACUCGCCAUCCAACAGCAGCCCAAGUAUUCACAACACGCAACCCAUGUUUGGAUUAAGUGAAGUCUUAUCUCCAAUUUCACCCAUGCCACAAAAUAGUACAGGCGGUCAGUUCUUUAGUUAUUGUGGUAAAGGGAGUAAUUCUCCGGUGGAAUCGAACCGACGUAGCAGUUUCUCCGACAAUCGUCAAUCCACGCCACCGAUCACACAACUCGAUAUCUUUAAUCGAAGUCAACAACCAACUGAGUUUCCGACCAUCGACACAAGCGAUGAUCUCGUAUUUGAUACGCCCCCAACACCACCGGAUUCCGACCGAGAAUCGGCAACUGGAUCACCUAAAAACUAUGAGCAAAUGGGCCAAAGGUUACCAAUCUUCCGAUGCCUGUCUAAAACCGAGUGAAAAAUAAUCUCCUUUCAUGAUAUUUAUUCUAAUCCAAAGUUGGAUAUUAUGCUGCACACAGACAUUAUUUAUGUUAACACACGACCGUGUUCCCCCAAAACCAGUACCGGCUAUGUGUUUUACCUCUAGCCUUCGUAACUUUGGGAGCUUGUGCCUUUUGAUAUUUUUACUGAUAUGCCUACUGUAUUUUAACGCCAUCACUGCUCACUGAUUAUGUUGCCUCAACACCGUGGAUCUAAUCGAGUAUUUUAACUGUUUACGUGCGGUUUUCGCCAGCAUUUGUUGUGCUUAAUUCAGCGGAUAGUAAAACUAGAAAAUUCAUGUCUGCACAUUCGUGCCACAUACGCACAGCUCUGCGUUCGUUCCCGUAUUUUUAUUCUGCUAGUGCCCAGAAAGAUGUUCUGCUGCAUGUCAUUUAAACGCAGUGUUGCGACCUGACCUGAUGCCCAAAAUGGGUUCUAUAUUUAACCAAAUACCGUAUUCUGUUAUGUUGGGUGUUUCAUACUAAGGUGUCAAUACUAUUCCCUUUAGAACUUCCGCAAAGGCACUGGAACUUCCUGCUAUAGGGUUGCUGCACUCAGGCAUGUUAUACCAUAAUUUAUUUUUCUUAUUUUUUAUUUUUAUAUCCACUUUUUCGGCCGCUAUGUGCACCUUUUUCGCGUGCAGUUUUCCUUACUACAACUUGUUUUAUGUUAUUAAAAUAUGAAUCGUACAAA